AAUCUCGGGUUUCGCGCGCCGCGCUGCUGGCACACCACCAGCCUGCAAAAACGCCCUCUAUUCCCGUCUAAUACUCGUGAAAAACACGUAAAAACAAUUUUAUUUCUGUAGCGAGCGGCCUCUAAAUUUAGGCCGUAUGGAAACCGAAAGUAAUACGAGCGAUUUUGGUUGGGGCCGAGUUGUCUGUAUUUAGAUUAGAACGGAGCGGGCGCACAGGCGCACAGUGGCCGCGACUCUCGCCUCCGACCUCUACGCGGUUGAUAACGCGUUCCCACGUUUCUGCAUACCCUACACUCCUCGUGGAUAGUGCAUUGUGAUUCCGGGAUACGCGCACCGCGCACUGCGCACUGUGAAACCACAGCGAUCAACGUACCACGCACCACGAUCAAUGCAAAGUGCCGUGUUUCUGUUUACAGUGCUAUCAUAAAGGAUUUGGAUGUCACAAAUGCUUCCCGAAGGCGGAGAAGUGAUGCGCCGCGCGGCGUGCGGCGAAGUCUGCCCUGCGCUCGCGCCGCCCGCCGCGCCCACUCCAAUACAUCCAGAGAUACAAAAUAGGACAUCCGAAAAUAAGGAGUUAUUACGUCAACAACUCCUGUCAGCGAGCAAAGAGCGUGCAGAGAAAUCGGAAACAUCGAAACCGAAGCACGCGCGCAAUCGUCAAAAAAAUCGAUGGAAGCUCAAAUUUCAUCAUCAAGCGUUACCGCAAGAAUAUCUUGAUCACUACGAGCAGAGUCUUCAGAAAGCUAACGCUAAACAAGUGGGUUCAAAACAAAAACCACAAGAGAAAUCCAAGGCGGAACCCAACUUCAAUACAAACAAUUUCACGAACGAGACUUUCAAAAUAUGGGCACAAAGACUAGCGGGAAUUCAGAAUGAAUCAGGGAAUUUGACGGUGCCAAGUGUCUCACCGGUGUUAAAUAUGGCAAAUAAGUUGCCCAAUAAGACCGAUGACAAAAAAAAGAAGCAUCCAGCAAUUGCUCCAAGUAAAAUUGUUACGUACGAGGAUUUACCGUACAUGGGAGAAAUGACAUUAAAUAACUCGAAGCCACGAAGAGGACGAAAGCCGAAGAAAGCUGAUAUUUGUCAUUUAAUUUACGAAAAUUACGGGACUGUCGUGCCCGGACAACCGCCUCCUACACAAGACCGCUUAAAUCAAUUGAGCAUGUGUCCCCCAUUUCGACCGGACAAUACAGUAAGCACACCAAAGACAGAUUUACAAAACAAAAUAAUCACCAGUCUAUUGGAACGCAAAUUAUCGCAGGAAAAUAAGAGAAGACUAGAAACUCUGUCUCCGCCCAGGUUUAACAACCCGGACGAACCGAUGCCCGAAGCUCCUGUGACCAUUGCAGGGCCUCUUCAUAGCGACGAUGAGCCGCUCAACCUUUGUAUACGGGAUCUUCACGACUUGAAAAUACAGAUACAAAAAAAAUUUGGUAACAUUUAUACGUCAUUACCUGAGGUAAAGACCGAAAUUGAUUUAGAUAGUUCAGAACAAGGCAGUGUGAAAAGUGAACAACCGAAUGCAAUUUCCGUAAUACAACGUAACACAAAUCCACCACCAACUACUGCAAGUAGUUCACCAGAUCUGUCGCGGCAGAUCAGAAAUAUAUCGCCGGCUUUAUCAGAGCCAGCUCAGUCUACUGUUAGCCCUGACAGUGAAGGAAAGUUCCCAGGUUACGUCUAUUGGCCAAAUGCAGGAAUCUACAUGCAUCCCCUAGCUCUCCAAACACAACUGCUAUAUUACCAGCGUUUAGCUGCUGGCGGCCAAUUACCUAUGUCAGUUGAGGAUCAGGAAAGAGUUUUAUUGACUCCCAAAAGUACAAGCGACAGUGCUUUAACCGAACCCAACUCACCAUCCAUUGACGACAAUAAAAAUAAACUCGUCUUAAAACAAAUAUCGGAGUUAUUAGAUCCAAAGGUCAUUAAACAGGUAGAAGAAUCAAAGCGGAGCCCUGAUCAAACAAAAAUGAAAAGAGCAUCGCCCAAUCCUAACCAAGCUCCAGUAAAGAGGAAAAGAUCAGCAAUUUUUAUCCCUCCGAUGCCAGUCAAAAGCAACUCUACAACUCCUACGACAGAAGUUAGUAUUUGUAAAUUUAAAUUCACCGGAGGGUCCAAACCGUCUUUGCAAGAAAAGAAGAUGUUGUCUGUAGACUCAGGGGGCAACUUCAGAUAUUAUAGUGGCACAGGAAAUAAAGCAAGCAAAGCCUACGAUUACAUGCAGAGAGAUUCUAACCAAAGCCGAAACACGGACACUUCUAUGGAAGCAUCGGUAUCAGUAGUACCCAAACUCGAUGUCCAAAGUACUUCAUUAAAUAACAAGGAGGACUUAAACAAGAAAAAAAGAAAGUCCAGAAAGAGUUUACAAAGAGAAAAAUUAGAACAAACAUUUAAAGAAAAAGGUUUUUUAAUUCAAACUCAGCAGCUUCAAUCAGCUGAAGGUGCAACUUAUUGCAAAUUUAGACAACUACGAAAGUUUACUCGAUAUUUGUUUAGGAGCUGGAAGGACUACUUGCCUGGAGAACUGGAAGAGAGGGGAAACGAACAGACCUUACCGCCUGCAGAGCCACAACCGUCUUCCACAAACGACGGGGAGUGGAGUUAAUAUGAUAAUAAUUGAGCCUAACAGAGAAAUAUUCCAUGUUUAUAGAGGCCAAAGAUAAAGCAGUAAAAUCCCAGCCACUUACGCGCUAGUGGCUGAUUAAUGCAUUUAUUGAUUAUCGUUUCCUUAUAGUGAGAUUUUACAAAUUUAAUAAAUAACGUUGAAAUUGUUCUUUUUUUCGUGUGUUGUUGUCUUUGCUACUCCGUCCAAGGUAUACAUAUUUAUUUUUUUCGUUCGAUUGCUUUCAGCUUUUGUAAUAUGUUUUCCCAUAUUAAGGUUAUAUAGAAUUAUUAUACGCAUAGUUAGUAACAAUGAUAACAAUGUGAGUGCAUGUUUUAAAACUUUUGUAAAUGUAAAUUUUAAUAUUAAAUCACUUAAUUAUGACUGCCUGGAUCACAAGACGGCAUCGCAAAAAUAGCUGUCAAAUUAUUAAAGGUAUUGUGAUUUUUUUAUAUAUGAAACACAGAGAUUGGGUUUCGUAAAUGUAUACGGAUUAUAUAGUUAAGUAUGAACUGCAAAAAUGUCAAACUCAACGUAGGUUUCAAGUUACAACCCAUGGUGCUUUUUUUUUCAAAUUGGAUGACACGACACUGUUACGAAUUAUUUUUUGGUUGCGAUGUGAAAAUAAGACUGAUAGCCAGGAUACCCCUAAUUUUGUUAGUAUUGGUUUAACAGACUCAUCUACGAAGUUAUAAUCUUUUAUUAUGGCUCGUUCAGUUUUAUAAUGGCGCAGUCUUAUUUGUACCGUACUACCAAAACAUUUGGACCAAAUUCCAUAUUAUUAUUGUUCUCAUGGAGUGUCUUGUCGUCUUAUGUGAAAAUGCCAUCUCAUAUUACUCAACUUUUUGCGUUGAUCCAUAUCGACUUAGCCAAUUAUUUUAUUGUAGCUCUUAUUACGUCUAUAACAACUACUAAACACUAGUCAUCUGACCUCUAAUAUAGGAUAAUUAUAUUUGUAAUUUUAUAUUGUACUUAUUACAUUUACGUAAAAAAGCCAUGUACAUAUUACUGCUGUAAUGAGAGUUGUUCUAGUCAUUAGACCGUAAGUUUUUAUGUCGUUGUUAUUAAUCAACUUAUUGUACGGACAUUAUGUCAGGGUAUGUAUUUAAAAUUAAACGAAUGUCGCAAUAAUAAACGGUGGAUUGUGUAUAAUAAAUUUUAUUACAGAAAACUUCACUGUGAUAAACAUGUGAACAUAAACAAAAUGCGAUCAACGGGAAUGUAAUUCUACCAAUUACCAAUAAAAAACUUAACCACUUAAAACAUUUGUGUGAUUUAUUACAAAAAAGAAAGGGAGCCCGUAUAUUAUAGACCACGA